UCCAACACCUCUAUUUCUAGCCCAUGUACAGGCCUGGUUCUAGCCCGUACGAAGAGAAUAAGUACCCAAGGUUUCAAAAACUACCUUGUGUACCCACCAUUUUCUGAGCCUCAACUCUCCACAGAUAAUGGAUAUUUUGCCUCUCUCCACCAUCCCGCACUUUCCUCAUUGCCCCCCUCCUUUCUCCUCCAACACCACCACCACCACAACCACCGCUUCCAUUUCUUUCUCCCUCAAACCACCACCUCCACCGCCACCAGAACCCACCAAUUCUUCCUCUAUCCGCCGUCCCAAAUCACUCAAUCCCACCCCCGCCCCAACCCCCACCCCAACCCCCACCCCCGCCCCCACAACUCCUAAAAUCCCCCAAAACCCACUCAAAACCCUCCUUAACCCCUCCAAACCCCAAAUAACAAGCUCCAGUGCCACUAGCACCACCGACCCUCUUUCUCUCUCCACCAAACUCCGCCUCUCCAGCAAACUCUCUCACCCACCACCGCCGCCGCCGCCACUUGAAACCACUCGAACCCCAGAAGCUGAAACCCAAGAGACUCGAAAAGUAGAAAAUGAAGCCCCCAAAACUGAUUUCUGCCAAAAAGGGAAGAUCUUUAUUGGAAAUUUACCAAACUGGAUAAAAAAACACGAACUUUCUGAAUUCUUUCGCCAAUUCGGUCCUAUAAAGAAUGUAGUUUUGAUAAAUGGUCAUAAUGAGACUGAAAGGAAUGCUGGUUUCGGGUUUAUUAUCUAUGAUGGUCCAACUGCAGAGAAGUCUGCAAUGAAAGCUGAGGAAUUUGAUGGAAUGGAGUUUCAUGGGAGGGUUUUGACUGUGAAAUUGGAUGAUGGGAGAAGAUUGAAGGCGAAAGCAGAGGAAAGGAAGAAUUGGGUUGAUGGAGAGGAUGGGGGUGACUAUAGGUCUAAAUGGCACGAAGAAAGAGAAGGGUCUACAAAGGCUUUUCGGAAGGUUUUAGACACGCAACCGGAGAAUUGGCAGGCAGUUGUUAGUGCUUUCGAAAGGAUUAAGAAGCCUGCUAGAAGGGAGUUUGGAUUAAUGGUGGGUUACUAUGCGAGGCGAGGGGAUAUGCAUCGUGCACGACAAACUUUUGAGAGCAUGCGAGCAAGGGGAAUAUAUCCGAGUUCACAUGUCUAUACAAGCCUUAUUCACGCUUAUGCAGUUGGUAGAGACAUGGAAGAAGCACUGUCUUGUGUUAGGAAAAUGAAGGAAGAGGGUGUUGAAAUGAGCCUGGUGACAUAUAGUAUAGUUGUUGGAGGAUUUGCCAAAAUUGGCAAUGCUGAAGCUGCAGAGCACUGGUUUAAGGAGGCCAAAGAGAGGCAUACAAAUUUGAAUGCAAUCAUUUAUGGGAGCAUUAUAUAUGCUUAUUGUCAGUCAUGCAAUAUGGAUCGAGCUGAAUCUUUGGUGAGGGAGAUGGAAGAAGAAGGUAUAGAUGCUCCUAUUGACAUAUAUCAUACCAUGAUGAACGGUUACACUAUGAUUGGAAAUGAAGAAAAAUGCCUGAUUGUAUUCAAAAGGCUUAAGGAAUGUGGAUUUGCUCCUUCAGUGAUUAGCUAUGGAUGUCUCAUCAAUAUGUACACCAAGAUAGGUAAAGUUUCUAAAGCCCUGGAGGUUAGCAAAAUGAUGGAAUCAGCUGGCAUAAAGCAUAACAUGAAGACGUAUUCCAUGUUGAUCAAUGGGUUCUUGAAGUUAAAGGAUUGGACCAAUGCAUUUACAGUUUUUGAAGAUGUUAUCGAAGAUGGUUUGAAACCUGAUGUGGUUCUCUAUAAUAACAUUAUCAAAGCAUUCUGUGGAAUGGGAAAUAUGGAUCGUGCCAUCCAUAUGGUGAAGGAAAUGCAGAAGAAAAGACAUCGGCCUACUUCACGUACAUUUAUGCCCAUUAUACAUGGAUUUGCAAGAGCUGGGGAAAUGAGGAGGGCCCUAGAAAUUUUUGAUAUGAUGAGGCGGAGUGGGUGCAUUCCAACUGUGCACACCUUCAAUGCUUUGGUUCUCGGCCUUGUUGAGAAGCGUCAGAUGGAGAAGGCUGUUGAAAUAUUGGAUGAGAUGGCAUUGGCAGGUGUAAGUCCAGAUGAACACACAUACACGACAAUCAUGAAUGGUUAUGCAGCAUUAGGUGAUACUGGAAAGGCCUUCGAGUAUUUUACCAAAUUAAGAAAUGAAGGACUAGAACUUGAUGUGUUUACAUAUGAGGCAUUGCUCAAGGCAUGUUGCAAGUCAGGCAGGAUGCAAAGUGCUUUAGCAGUUACAAGAGAAAUGAGUGCUCAAAAUAUCCCAAGAAACACCUUUGUCUAUAACAUAUUAAUCGAUGGAUGGGCUCGAAGAGGUGAUGUUUGGGAGGCUGCUGACCUUAUGCAGCAAAUGAAGCAAGAAGGGGUUCAACCUGAUAUUCAUACAUAUACAUCCUUUAUAAAUGCUUGUUGCAAGGCUGGAGACAUGCUGAGAGCAACAAAAACAAUACAAGAAAUGGAGGCUUUAGGAGUGAAGCCAAAUGUGAAAACCUACACCACAUUGAUUCAUGGGUGGGCAUGUGCUUCUCUUCCAGAGAAAGCAUUGCGCUGCUUUGAAGAGAUGAAGUUGGCUGGAUUAAAGCCUGAUAAAGCUGUGUACCAUUGCUUAAUGACAUCAUUGUUGUCAAGGGCUACUGUUGCUGAAGCAUACAUUUACUCUGGGAUUCUGUCCAUUUGCAGAGAAAUGAUAGAAUCUGAGUUGACUGUAGAUAUGGGGACUGCAGUUUACUGGUCCAAAUGUUUACGCAAAAUCGAAGGAACGGGAGGAGAGCUCACAGAAGCUUUACAGAAGACCUUCCCUCCAGAUUGGAAUGCGCAUCACUCUCCCUCUCCCGAGGCAAACUACGAAUCAGGUAUUGAAUCAGAUAUUGAUGAUGAACCCAGCAAUGAUGGUGAUAAUAACAUGUUUUUGGCUGGUGUGAAUGAUGGAGAUAGCGAAGAUGACAUCGAUGAUCAUGAUGAGAACAAGGAUUUCAAACAGAGAUUAUGGGUUUAAACCAGUUUCAGAGUCAAAAGCUGUAUGGCACUCAAAUGAGUGAACCAAGCUAAUGAAAAUGCACCAUUCACAUAUGGUCAUCCUUCAGUAAACUUCAAACUUGUGAUCAUUUUGAUCAUCCUGUAUGUGAUACAUCUCAAAAUAUUUUCUACGUUCUCUUA